GAGAGAGAGAGAGAGAGAGUUUUAUAGGCAUAUAGCAAUAGUAUAGGUGUUGAAAAAUAAAAAUAAGGCAAUGGAAGAACAGCUCAACUCACUCUCAGUAACUCAUCUUCUUCAACACACUCUCAGAAGCCUUUGCAUUCAUGACAACUCUCAAUGGGUUUAUGCUGUUUUCUGGAGGGUUUUGCCAAGAAACUAUCCACCUCCCAAAUGGGAUAGCCAAGGAGGAGUGUAUGACCGGUCACGAGGAGUGAGGAGAAACUGGAUAUUGGUUUGGGAAGACGGUUUUUGCAAUUUUGCUGCCUCAACGGCUGAGAUCGAUGCAGCGGGGAAAGAAUCAACGGUGUACGACAAUUGUAAUAAUUAUAAUCAACAAUAUAGCCAAGGCUUGCAGCCUGAGCUGUUUUUCAAAAUGUCCCAUGAAAUCUACAGUUAUGGUGAAGGAUUGAUUGGAAAAGUAGCUGCUGAUCACGGCCACAAAUGGAUCCACAAAGAACCAAAUGAUGAAGAAAUCAACUUCUUAUCUGCAUGGCAUAACUCACCUGACUCUCAGCCCAGGACAUGGGAGGCUCAAUUUCAGUCUGGUAUAAAGACCAUUGCUUUGAUUGCUGUUAGAGAAGGUGUUAUUCAAUUAGGAGCUGUUCACAAGGUUAUUGAGGACUUGAGCUAUGUAGUGCUACUAAGGAAGAAAUGGAGCUACAUAGAGAGCAUCCCAGGGGUAUUAUUGCCACAUCCAUCCUCCACAUCAGCAUACCCUUUGACCAUCAGAAAUAGUGAUCACCACCAAUUUAUAAACAACCACCCACAAGCACAAGCAGAGCCUAAUUGGCACAAUAAUAAUAAUAAUAAUAAUAAUUUCAAAACCCCACACAACUACUUUGACCACUUUGCCCCUCACACCCCCAUGAAGAUGAUCAUAACCCCAUCCAUGAGCAGCCUCGAUGCCCUCCUCUCGAAACUGCCAUCUGUCAUGCCCUCGUCGUCCGUGGGGCCCACAAAGGAAGAGAAUAUUGAAGACGAUGAUGGGAAUGCCCACUUUGGUAAUUAUCAUCAUGAUUUGAAUGUGAAUAGUCAUGACAUGGAUAACAUAUAG